AUGCAGAAGGAUCCAGAUUUUAAUCACCAUGCUAAAUGUGAGAAAAUGGGAAUCACACACCUCACAUUUGCUGAUGAUGUUCUCAUGUUUUGCAGAGGUGAUGUAACAUCUGUUGACAUGAUGAUGAAGGUGCUACACACUUUUGCUGAUACUACAGGGCUGAUAGUUAACCCUAAGAAAUGCAAAGUGUUCUUUGGUGAAGUGGAUUUGGAAACCAGAAAUAAGAUCAAAGAGCUUAAUACUUAUGAAGAAGGCCUGCUUCCUUUUAGGUAUCUAGGAGUUCCUCUCACUAUUAGAAAGCUCAACAUCAAACACUAUCUCCCACUUAUUGACACGAUCUUGGCUAAAGUGAAACAUUGGUCCUCUAGACUUCUUAGCAUGACAACAUCUGUAGGAGCUUUGUCUGGACUAGAAAAGCGACAAUUAGCAAGAAGAGUCCAAUUGCCUGGGAAUCUGUUUGUAAGCCAAAGAGUCUUGGAGUGUCUCUGGAACCUUUGUCUGAAAGCUGAUAAUCUUUGGGUAAAAUGGGUGCAUAUCCAUUACCUAAAGAAGAAACCCUUGAUGGAGGCAGUAAUCAGUGAUAGUAGCUUGUGGGUGAUAAAGAAAAUCUUCAACUUAAGAGAGCACAUUCCAAACUUGCAGCCAGCUUGGGAUCACAUGAUUCAAAAGAGGAAUUUUAGUAUGAAAUGCCUGUAUGAUAAGAUGGUAGACUCGGAUAAGGUUGAUGAAACUCUGAACCAUCUUUUGUUUGAUUGCAGGUUUGCUAAAGCUGUGUGGAAGCAUAUACUGUAG